AUGCAGUCCUUCGUCGUGCGCUCGACCGUGCUGCGGCCAAACCUCCUCAGGUCAUCCUUUAGGACAUUCGCAUCAUCAUCCGCUCGGAACCAGGCCGUUCCGACCGAGAAGCCAGUACUGAACAAGGAGUUCAAGAUAUAUCGUUGGAACCCAGAUGAGCCUGCAGCUAAGCCAACGCUGCAGACCUACACCGUCGACUUGAACCAGUGCGGUCCUAUGGUCCUUGAUGCCCUAAUUAAAAUCAAGAAUGAGAUGGAUCCCACUCUCACCUUCCGCCGUUCAUGCCGCGAGGGCAUUUGUGGCUCCUGCGCCAUGAACAUCAAUGGGCAGAACACCUUAGCGUGCUUGUGCAGGAUCGAGAGGGACACGAGCAAGGACAGCAAAAUCUACCCCCUUCCCCACAUGUACAUCGUCAAAGACCUCGUUCCCGACCUGACGCUCUUCUACAAGCAAUACAAGUCGAUCGAGCCCUACCUCAAGAACGACAACCCCCCAGUUGACAGUGAGCACCUACAGUCCCCGGAGGAUAGGCGGAAACUCGACGGCUAUUGGUGGAACCAAGACGAGUACCUCGGCCCGGCAACACUCAUGGCCGCGUAUCGAUGGAUGGCCGACUCUCGCGAUACCUACUCUGCGCAGCGUAAGGAGAAAUUGCAGAAUGAGAUGAGUCUAUAUCGUUGCCACACCAUCUUCAACUGCGCGCGCACCUGUCCUAAGGGUCUCAACCCCGCCGCGGCCAUUGCAAAGAUCAAGCUCGAGCUAGCUGCAGACUAG